ACCUACUCAAUAUAAUGUAUCAUUAUCUCUUCUACCAGCGGUUCAAUAUAUGAUACAGUUCAUUCGGUUUCUAUAUAUAUUGCCAAACAGAUCCCUCUCAUGGGUAGGCAACCUCCUUCACCCAUACAGCAAACAUUGAGCAAAAGCUUGUUUUCAGCUUGACUUCUCCCCGUCAAUCAUGGCGUCCAUUCCAUCAAAGAGUGAAGAGAGUGCCACCAAGGUUCCACCUGAAAAUGUUUCAGCCCAAAACAUGGAAGUUUUCAUCAGCACACUGCCAACAAGAGAAGGAUGGUCACAACCAAUGGUUCUAUACAAGAACUACUGGUGCAGACCUCACCUUGUUGGUAUGAUCAUGCUACUCCAGGACACCUUCGAGCCUCGCCGUGACGACAUCAUCCUCGCCACACAGCCCAAAUGCGGCACAACCUGGCUGAAAGCCCUUGGCUUCGCAAUCACCAACCGUUCUCGCCACAGUUUCAGAGAUCACCCUCUCCUGGCCAGCAACCCUCAGUAUCUCGUACCAUUCAUUGAGAUCCCUGAUCCUGGCAGGGACCACACCUACCUCGAAACACUUUCAUCCCCAAGGCUUCUCUCCACACACUUGCCAUUGUCGAUGCUCCCGGCAGAAACAAGCUCGUGCGGCUGCCGGAUUGUGUAUCUAUGCCGGGAACCCAAAGACGCCUUCGUGUCAAGGUGGCACUUUGAGAACAAAAUAGUCAAGGGUUCUAAUAUAGAGCUGGACAGAGCUUUCGAUAUGUUCUGUCAAGGGUUCUCCCCUUCUGGUCCGUUCUGGAAUCACUGCCUUGAGUACUGGAAGGAGAGUUUAGCAAGGCCCAAUGAGGUUCUUUUCUUAAAAUAUGAAGAGCUCAAGUCCCAUCCAGAGGAGGUUGUCCGGCAGCUCGCCAAGUUCCUGGGCGUCCCGCUCACUGAGGAGGAGGAAAGCUCCGGUGUUGCCAAGGAGGUGGUGAAGCUUUGCAGCUUCGAAAAUCUUACUAGCCUAAAAGUUAACCAGACGGGAGGUGUUUACCAUGGCAAUAAGAUUUAUGUGGAGAAUUCUGUGUUUUUUAGGAAAGGCAAAGUUGGGGACUGGGCGAACCACAUGAGUGAGGAGAUGGCAGAAAAGAUAGACCGUGUCAUCCAAGAGAAGCUGUCAGGAUCUGGGCUUGCCUUUUAAUACAUUUGUGUGUGCGUUCUGCACUAGCUUUUGGAAGCUCCGGAUAGUGUGUAUAUAAGCUUUCUUUCUAUUUGUACCUUGACAAGAAAGUACAGCAUUGCUUCUACUUGUAUGCUUGUAAUAUCUUGUUUGCAUCCCAUUGUGUUUUAAAUAAAGUCGAAAGGUUUCCCCUUC